AUGGAGGAAGUAGCGGCAGCAAGCAGGGGCGUCGUGGGGGAUGGUGCGGUGGCGAUGAGGGCUGAUGCGGCUGCCGAUGAAGCAAGUAUAGCGGUGGCGAGGGCACAUGAGGCGGCUGCCGAUGGAGCAAGUACAGCGGUGGCGGGGGCACAUGAGGCGGCGGGCGAUGGAGCAGGUGCAGCGGCAGGGGGGGCGCAUAAGGUGCUACGACUGGCGAAGGAGGUGGUCGCUGAUCGCGAACCAGCUGCCGACGCGCCCGUGUCGCCGGACCAGCAGCACCACCAGCUAGCUCAACUAGCUGGAGCGACUCCCUCGCCGACGAUGCCACCGGCGCGGCGCUCGCCGGGCGGGCACACUGACGCGCCACAGGCUGCUCUCGAUCGGCCAGUACCAGGAGGGGCCGGCAUUGGGGGAGGCCGCGCGUUCGGUGACGUCGACGGUGCAUCCGGCGCCGCCGUCGUCGGUGCGGACGACGGCGCCGGGGCUGCCGCUGCGUCGGCGUUCAUCGACGUGGUCCUCGACUGCGACAAGGAGAUGCAUGGGGGUGGACCAGCUCAUCGCGAGCCGAGAUGCUCGCCGACCCGGCGGCCGACUACGGCGGCGGCGGCUCCUCCUCGUCGGAGCUGA